AACUUGGUCUAGCGGAAAUGAUAACAUUGAUAAGAUUAUUCAAUUACACGCUCUACGAUGGAUGUCUUAUGAUGAUUUUAAAGAUGUAAAACAUAUAGCUGAUGGUGUACAUGGACCUGUGUACUCUGCCAAAUUAAAGAAUGGCAUAGAAGAGUAUUCGAAUUCUAUCGAACAUGAUUGGGAAUAUGAUUUGAUUGACCGUCAAUUUGCUUUGAAAGAAAUAAAAGAUCCUAGAUAUGACAUAGCUGAAUUUUUUAAAGUGAUAAAGAUCGUUAACAAUUAUGAAUUAAUUGCUAAAUAUUAUGGAAUUUCAAAAAAUCCUUCUACACAAAACUACAUUAUUAUUAUGGAUUUAUUUGAUGGUGACUUGCAUAAUUUUUUAAUAAAAAAAUUUUGGGAUUUAGGGUGGAAAUCAAAAAUAGACAUAUUAGAAUCAUUAGCAUGGGGUCUUGAAUGCUUACAUGCAAGAGAUUUUAUUCAUUGUGACCUUCAUAAUAAACUUUUCGAUAAUAUAGUAGAUAAUGAUGAUAUGCGUCAACUUAAAAUUGCUGAUGAAAAUCAAAAAAAUACAUCAAAAUCUCAAAAGCAAGAAUUAUUUGAAUUAUUUUUAUAUUCAAGUAAGUUACAUCCUCAAUCAUGUUAUAUUAGUCGAUGUAUUCAUACUCUUCAUGGAUUGCAUGAUUUAUUGGAGGCUCUUAAAUCUGGAAAUUCAUCUGAUCCUAAUUUAUUAUUAAAGUCCAAUGAAUCAGCUACUUCUGAUGUUAAUACUUAUAAUAUUGAUUCUAAGGAGGAAAAGGAAAUUCAAAAGCAGGAGUCUAAUUAA